CCAUCACCCGCAUCCGCAAACAUCCCACCUCAUCAACUCGACCCAAGCCGCCUUCCGCAUUCACUUUCGAGAACCAAUUCAACCAACUUUAUAACCACUCGCUCGCUAUAAAAACAAAAUGAAGUCCAUACUCGCCGUCGUCUUUACCCUCCUCAGCUUUUUCCUCUUGACCUCCGCCGUCCCCGCUCACGGCCCGUCAUGUGAGCAGUGCGAUCCUAUCCCGCCCAACAAUCGCUGCGAUAUCACCACUUCUUGCAUUCGCACCGAACCCAAUGGGCAAUACCAUUGUGCAUGCCGUGCCGGAUAUCAAGCCGAUGCUCCCGUUACUGAUUCCACCACGCAAUGGCGCACUAAGUUUAUCGGGCAGGAGUACAGGGUUUUCGUCAAGCCCGGUGUCGUGUGCAAUACUCUCUGCGCCGACUCCGCCCAGGGUGCCAACUCUUGCCAGGCAAUUACUAUUAGGCCUGAGUGCUCUUAAGUUUGUGCUUCAAUUGCUUUAGGGGGUGUAGGAUCGGGAUUCUUGGACUUGGAAAUGGAUUGCGGGAGACCGGGCGUUUUGGCCUCUCCCAACAAUAGCUGAGAACGGGAGUUUUUGGAACGUGGUGCAUUUCCCAAGCUUGGACAAUUUAGCGGUGGUUUGGGUUCGGAACCGUUAGUGGCUGGGAUUGGUUUUAACAAUGAUUUCCCUUUCUUUUUUGUCAGGCGGAAGGCAUAUACGGUUGGGGUAAUUUUCUUGUCGCUCUUUUUGUCGCUCUUUUUGCCCACUGUCAAGUUGUGGAGCGCCGGGGAUGAAUAUAAUUCUUGAAAAUCUAGUUUAUGACAAUCUCGAGUGA